AUACGGUUUCUUUUGACUUUUCUUCCUUUCCUUCUUUCUCUCCAUCACCUAUAAAUGCUUUCUCAAUUAACAAAGCCGCCAAUAACCUCACAUCUUUAGAAAAAAAACAUGGCUGUCUAUGAAGGAAGACCAUUGGUGAUGGAAAUGGAACGCGAAGAAGAUUUUGAAGAUUCAAACAAUAUAAGCGGGUGUGGAUGCGGGUGCUUCCGAGUGUUCACCUCGAAAUGGUGGCAACGCCGCCACGAGGAAGGUAAACACCUACUUGAAGAAAAGGAUGAAGGAAAUAGAGGAGAAGACACAUGGGUGAUGGAAAAAUUGAAGAAAAUGAAGGAAACUUCAGAAGUGAUUGCUGGUCCUAAGUGGAAAACUUUUAUUAGAAAAAUAAGUUGGUAUGGAAAAAAGAACCAAAAAAAUAGGUUUCAAUAUGAUGCACAUAGUUAUGCUCUUAAUUUUAAUAGUGGGGCUCAAAGUGAAGAUGAAGAAUAUUUGCCUCCAAGUUUCUCCUCAAGAUUUUCUGCUCCAAAAUGAAUCACGACAUAUAUGUAACAUGUUCUUGUAUUUUACAAAGAUAUUAAUUUGAUUGCUAAAAUUUCUUAAUUU